UUUUAGCUCAUAUGGAAUGUAAAUACAAAAGGAUGCAGUAGGCGAUACGAACUGUUAGAAUCAACGCUCGGAAAACAAACGGGUUUCAUUUGAACAAUUUUUCACUCUUGGUGGGAGACGAAAUAACCUCCGUAUCCAAUGUUGCGUUACAGGCCCCGUUCGGACUCCCAGGAGGAGGAGACGGAGGAGGUGCCGGACUUUGACACAUUGCCCCGCGUUUACGUGGAGAGAACUCUGGCCAUCAUUAAACCUGAUGCCGUCCACAAAAGUGAGGAGAUCGAAGACGUCAUCCUCAAAGAGGGAUUCACCAUUCUGCAGAAACGCAGGCUCCAGCUGACUCAGGAGCAGUGCAGCAACUUCUAUGCCGACCAGCACGGGAAGGCCAUCUUUCCCAGGUUGAUUAUCUUCAUGAGCUCCGGCCCCAUCAUUGCCCUGACUCUGGCUCGCACCAAUGCCAUCGCUCACUGGAAAUCCCUCAUGGGCCAAAUCACUGAUAUGGAGUCUGUGGAAACUGAAACCAAAAGCCUCAGAGCAAAAUACGGAACAUCUGAACUGAAAAACGCUUUCCAUGGCAGUGACUCAUUCCCCGCAGCUGAGAGAGAGAUUAAAUUCAUGUUCCCCAAUUCGGUAAUCGAACCCACUCCGUCCAAAGAAUCGACGCAGGAAUACCUGAGCAGAUACGUGAACCCCACUCUGCUCCGCGGACUCACGGAGCUCUGCAAGCACAAGCCUUUCAACCCCUGUGUUUGGCUGGCCGAUUGGCUAAUGAAAAACAGUCCCAAUAACCCGCAGAUAUGUGAAGGAGCCAUUAUGUAGGAAGAGGAACACGGAAAAAUGGAAAAGGAAAAAAACCCCAACAACAACAGGGAAUGGAACAGAGUAUAAGAAUUCAUAAAUAAUGCAAAUGUUGUUAUUUUCUGUUAGGACUCAUUUUAAAUCACUGGUUCUUGUGAUUAUUAGGUUGACACGAACACUAUGUCCUGUGUGAAAUAAUUCUCCAUUAGGUUUCCAUACAGUGCUCAAAAUAAAAUGUAUUUCUCAAGUCAA